CAGACUCCCUGUUGCCGCUUCGCAGUGGAAGCGGACCCUCGGCCCGCUGUGGGUCUGGCGUGAUCGCCUUCGCGGAACCCUUCGGGGAAGACGAAGAAUUAGAAAGGGGAAAUAAACUUGGGGAGCCUCCCCACCGCAGCCCGCCGGGGACGCAGGCCGCCGGUCACGCGCUGCUGCUGCUGCUCUCCGCAAGAAGUUCUCCCAGGAAUCCUCUGAACGUAGAAUGUGGCCGCAAAUCUACCUCCUGUAUUUCUGUCUUUUACUCAUGAGUUGCAUAGUUGCAAAUGUGAGCACAAUGUCUGCAGACUGUGUUGAAAAACUCUGAAGAACCUAAUUCACACAGGAUGACCUAGUGGUGAUUUUAAGCCUAUAACGAGAUACUAUUCAGAGUGAGUUUGUUAGUGUUGGUUCUGACUGCUGCAGAUAACAACAGCAAGCCAACGCCAUCCUUCAUUUCUGAAGUAUUCACUUGACCUUCCAUCAAGACUGACUUUUCUAACCUGCUUCGGAGAUAUUAAUGGAAUAUAGUCAUGUCCACUCAAGACGAGAGGCAGAUCAAUACGGAAUAUGCUGUGUCCUUGUUGGAACAGUUGAAACUGUUUUAUGAACAGCAGUUGUUUACUGACAUAGUAUUAAUUGUCGAAGGCACCGAAUUCCCUUGUCAUAAGAUGGUUCUUGCAACAUGUAGCUCUUACUUCAGGGCUAUGUUCAUGAGUGGCCUGAGUGAGAGCAAGCAGACGCAUGUACAUUUGAGGAAUGUGGAUGCCGCCACUCUGCAGACAAUAAUCACAUAUGCGUACACGGGGAACUUGGCCGUGAGUGACAGCACCGUAGAACAGCUGUAUGAAACAGCUUGCUUUCUGCAGGUAGAAGAUGUAUUACAACGUUGUCGAGAAUAUUUAAUUAAAAAGAUAAAUGCAGAGAAUUGUGUGCGACUGUUGAGUUUUGCUGAUCUCUUCAGUUGCGAAGAAUUAAAACAGAGUGCUAAAAGAAUGGUGGAACACAAGUUCACUGCUGUCUAUCACCAGGAAGCAUUCAUGCAGUUGUCACAUGACCUACUGAUAGACAUCCUCAGUAGCGACAAUUUAAAUGUGGAAAAGGAAGAAACAGUUCGAGAAGCUGCUAUGCUGUGGCUGGAGUACAACACAGAAUCACGAUCUCAGUAUUUGUCUUCAGUUCUUAGCCAAAUCAGAAUUGAUGCACUUUCAGAAGUAACACAGAGAGCUUGGUUUCAAGGCCUACCACCCAAUGAUAAGUCUGUGGUAGUUCAAGGUCUUUAUAAGUCCAUGCCUAAGUUUUUCAAGCCAAGACUUGGGAUGACUAAAGAGGAGAUGAUGAUUUUCAUUGAAGCAUCUUCAGAAAAUCCUUGUAGUCUUUACUCCUCUGUCUGUUACAGCCCCCAAGCAGAAAAAGUUUAUAAGCUUUGCAGCCCACCAGCUGAUUUGCAUAAGGUUGGAACUGUUGUAACCCCCGAUAAUGACAUCUAUAUAGCAGGGGGCCAAGUUCCUCUGAAAAACACAAAAACAAACCACAGUAAAACAAGUAAACUUCAAACUGCCUUCAGAACUGUGAAUUGCUUUUAUUGGUUUGAUGCACAGCAAAAUACCUGGUUUCCAAAGACUCCAAUGCUUUUUGUCCGUGUCAGGCCAUCUUUAGUUUGCUGUGAAGGCUAUAUCUAUGCAAUUGGAGGAGACAGUGUAGGUGGAGAGCUUAACCGGAGGACCGUAGAGAGAUAUGACACCGAGAAGGACGAGUGGACAAUGGUAAGCCCUUUGCCUUGUGCUUGGCAGUGGAGUGCAGCAGUUGUGGUCCACGACUGCAUUUAUGUGAUGACACUGAACCUCAUGUACUGUUACUUUCCAAGGUCUGAUUCUUGGGUAGAAAUGGCCAUGAGACAGACUAGCAGAUCUUUUGCUUCAGCUGCAGCUUUUGGUGAUAAAAUUUUCUACAUUGGAGGGUUACAUAUUGCUACCAAUUCUGGCAUAAGACUGCCCUCUGGCACUGUAGAUGGGUCUUCAGUAACUGUGGAAAUUUAUGAUGUGAAUAAAAAUGAGUGGAAAAUGGCAGCGAGCAUCCCUGCCAAGAGGUACUCUGACCCCUGUGUCCGAGCUGUUGUGAUCUCAAAUUCUCUUUGUGUGUUUAUGCGAGAAACCCACUUAAAUGAGCGUGCUAAAUAUGUCACCUACCAGUAUGAUCUGGAACUUGACCGGUGGUCUCUGCGGCAGCAUAUAUCUGAACGUGUACUGUGGGACCUAGGGCGAGAUUUCCGAUGCACUGUGGGGAAGCUUUAUCCAUCCUGCCUUGAAGAAUCUCCGUGGAAACCACCAACUUACCUUUUUUCACCAGAUGGGACGGAGGAGUUUGAACUGGAUGGAGAAAUGGUUGCCCUUCCACCUGUAUAGUUGGAGAGUUCAGGGAACACAUCCGGUUCACCUGCUUUGUCAUUUGCUUUGCUAAAGAAGAGAGGUUAUGAAAAGACAGUAUGAGUACAUAAAAAUCUAUCUUUGAUAAAUUUUUAUUUUUAUGCCCUACUUAAUAUUUGUAUCAGUAUAAUAUAUAUCAGUGAGUCUUACAGAAAGAUAUGCUUCCAUAAUAUGAAAUAGGCUAUUCAGUAAUUGAGAAACUUUUAUGUGUAUCAGAGAACAUGAGAGUCUGGAUUAUCUAACAUUGUUAGCCCUGUGUAUGUACAGUUCAAAAUGUUCACUUAUAAAAGUAGUUUUCUGUUCCUAGUGUGGUAUAUCACAGAUUGUGCCGAGGUUAUUUUAGUAUAUGUAUUUCAUUCCUGUGCUUCUGUUCUAAGUUCUGGAAUACAAUUGUUCCAGUGUAAUUAAUUCAGCUGCACUUAACACUAACGUCCAUGUUGGUAUAGAACAGUAUAAAUCCUAUACUAUAUCUGAGGAAGAGCUUCCAUAAUUUUAUGGUGUCACACAGGGAAAGCUAUGACUGCAGGAUCAGUCUAACUCUACUAUUAGGUGCAUGUAUUCUCUUUCCACUAACUUAUACUUGUCUUUCUAGAAUACAGGUUGUCCAGCCAGCUGGUCAUUUGCCAGGUGUGGACUUAAGUUGCUGGGCUUGCAACACAAAUUGUGAGCCCCUCAUUGUGCGGGUCUGUGGAGCUUUCAUCAGUAAACGUCUCCACUUCUGUAUUACAUUAACAUUGGCUCAUGCAUAUAACUACCUGCUGCUGAUGUAGUUCUCCAUCUUAAAGACGUAGAGUGGGUUAACCAGGUCAUUACAUCUAAUUUAAUAACAAGCAUUACUGUAGAGUGAUUGUGUAUAGUUACCUGUUAGCUUUCAGGGUGUGUUUUUUUAAACCUGAUGUGUGUGUGUUGGGGGGUAGGAUUAGGAAAGUGAACUGUUCAGGAAUUUUCUGCACUAGCUGUGCAGAAGAGCAGAUAACUAGCACUGCUCUGGCAUUAAUCCCAGGAACCACUAGCAGUAGUGGGGCGCCGCCAGUCUAAUAUGAGCACAGGUGCUUCAUGACAAACCUUACUAGCAUGUUCAACUGCAUAAUGUUCUGGCACUGUAUUUUGAAUGACAUUAAUUUAUUAAAUAAAUUGUAUAUAUUCAGUA